AUGGACCCACACAAUCCAUCUGCUUCGGUCAAGCGAUCGGUCAAGUCCAACACUAAAAGCUCCAAAGACAGUAUUGCCAGGCUUGCGGAUGAUCUUCUUCGUCAAUCUCUUACACGCAAGCCUGACAUUGCUGCACAAGAAGCAUCAACGCUGAAGGCCAAGACUCCGCGUUCCUCAACAAGCAUCACUCGCUCAAGCAUAUCAAAACCCAAAGGCUUCUCUGCAGCAGAUGAAUUGCUCCGUGCCUCUUUGCUUCGUGAUGCUUCAGGUUCUGGACCAAGCGUGCCACCUUCCUAUCGAACCCACAGCAAUGUUCCAUCCCCAUCGUCAGUAAGCAGGGUCAAGGACAGCUCGACUACCUCUGCUGCCUACAGCAAGAGUCGACUAUCAGCACUCAAGUCAGAGGUUGCGCGUGCCAACGCUGCAGCUCCAGCUUACUCCAAGUCUGACUUGUUCAAAAUCUCCUGCUCCACUGAUAUACUCUUCCUUCUUGACACUACAUACUCUAUGAAUAGUUACAUAGAGACAGCAAAGAAUCAGAUCCGAUCCAUUGUCAAAGAGAUCAAAGAGGUCUUCUUAAACGAGUCAAAUGUACGCGUCGCGGUGGUUGGAUACAAAGACCAUGGCGACGAGCCCAACAUAGAAUUCCUCGACUUCACUACAUCUGUCACGGAGGUGUACAACUUCUUGGCCAGCCUUCAGGCAUCGGGUGGUGGAGAUAUCCCCGAGGAUGUUCUUGGUGGUAUACAGAAGGCUAUCAAUGCCUCGUGGAUGCAGCAGACGAGAUGCCUGGUCCACAUCGCCGAUGCCCCUCCUCAUGGACAUGCUCUACAUGACUAUGAGGAGAGUGAUGAUGACUACUACAGAACGGCCAGUGAACCCCAUGGCCUCACACAUGCAAAUCUUCUCAGCCGCCUUGUCAAGCUCAAGGUCAACUAUGCUCUUCUGCGAAUCAACUCAUCUACCGACCGGAUGGCCCUGGAGUUUGGCAAGUCCUACGGCGGCGGCGGUUUCUCGGGGGCGGACGUCAAGCUCCAUGAAAAGAACUCUUACAACAUUGCGAUUGAGGACUCGCUCAUUUUGGCCAAGUCACGGGCCAAGAGAACAGCCACCAGUACUGGGCCCCUUUUCGAAGAACUCCAGCUCGGAACUGGAUACACAGCCAUCAAGCAUUUAGUUGUCAGCACCGUCACGUCUUCAGUAUCGCGUACAGCAAACCGCUUGACUCUGGCAAUGAGGGGCGGGAGCCGCGGUGGCUCGCACAUGUCCGGGCUCCCAGAGUUGACUGCGAUCUUGGAAGAUGGCAGUGUUGCCAGAAGUGUAACCAGCAAAAGCGUUGCUCUCGAGACCUCACCGCCGCGCUGGAACACUCCUGGCUGGCUAGACAAGAAGCUCACCACGGAGGGCUUUUGUCUGGACUUGAGCGUCCAUGGAGCUGAUACUCUGGAUGCAAUGUUGGACAACGACGAGAACAUCAAGCUUGGACUUGUCAAGCUUGAUAUCAACGCACGUUCCAAACCUUUCGCCGAGGGAUCUCUGCGCGUCGCCGCGUAUGCUCGCCCAGCUGCAACCACGAGCAAAUUCGUUCUCAAGUCAUUCAAGAACACUGAACACAGGCUAGCGAAUCUAAUUGAGGAAAUGCGAAUGCAAGCACUUUGUAAAGCAUUUGCGCUAGAGUUCAACGGGCUUGUCAAGUCUUCGCAGCCUAUCGAUUUUAUAACGACGCUUUGUCUUCAGGACAUGUCCCGUGGAUCUAAGUCAGACGAUAAUUUGUCACUGGAGCCAUUCAUUGAAGGCGAAUACAUCAAGUACAACAGCAACGGCGCCUAUGUCCUAGAAGACGACACCAACCCAUUCAAUGAGAUUGCCCAAGCCUUCUCGCAUUUUACUUUUGAGCGCUCCUGGGGCCAUUUUCUUGUGACGGAUCUUCAAGGUGUAGGCAACUCCUUCACUGAUCCUGCAAUCCAGACCAAGGAUCCUGAACGCUUCAAACUCGGUGAGACAAACCUUGGUGAGGAUGGGUUCAAGUUCUUCUUUGCCUUGCACGAAUGCAAGGCGACUUGUCGUCAACUGGGGCUUCUGACGAACAAGGAAAUGCUCAUGGCCGGCAAACUCGCAUUUAGGUCGAAAUGGCCUGCUAUGGAUCCCACGGUUUGCUGUUCUAAUAAGCUAUGCCGCAAGAUUAUCCGACUUGCAACCGCUAACAAAUCAUCUGAUUAUCCUGAGCAUAACUGGUGUGAUGGGUGUUUCCCGCAGCUCAAGCUUAGUGAGGUGAAGGUGGCAUGUGGAGGAUCAAAACACAGUUUCCAAGUUUCCAAAUUUUACCAUGAGAGUCAAGGCGAGAAGACGCCGACUGUGUGUGAAGGGCAUAGGGAGAAGGAUGUGACUGUUACUAGUGUUGUUGGAGGUGGUCUGUGGGAGACUACCAAGUCGACUGAGAAGAAGGAGAUCUUAGGCAGAUUAUGGUAG